GCGCAGUGCGGAGCCAUUGUAGAAGUGCUCUACAGAGAGAGAGAGAGGGAGAGCCCAAAACCCUCAAAAACCUCGCCUUUUGAUCUGUCUUCCACCUUUUCUCGUCCUCUUUUCUUGGAAUAUAGGACUUCGGUCCGCUACCGCCGUCGGCGUUCGUUCGUUUUUGCGGGCAGAUUGAGCAAUGGGAGCGGCGAUACUGACGGAUCUCUUGACGGAGAUCCUGAUCCCGGUGGCUGCCGUUGUGGGGAUUGGGUUCGCCUUGAUACAGUGGGGGCUGGUGUCGAGGGUGAAGCUGUCGCCGGAGAAGCAGGGGCCGCCGGCGGGGAGUAACAACAAGAACGACUACUCGGACUACCUCAUCGAGGAGGAGGAGGGGCUCAAUGAUCACAACAUCGUCGUGAAGUGCGCUGACAUACAACGCGCCAUCUCCGAAGGCAAAUGCCAGAACAACUUUGGAAGCAAGAAAGGGUGUAGGAAAAGCUUUCAUUACUGCAUUCCGCUCUGGUGCAGUUAUGGGCUUUUUGCUUGCUGCAAAUGGGCUUUUAGUGCUUUACAUUGCAAUCAACCUAUUCAAGUUGUAUUACGGUGAUGACUGGGAAGGCCUUUUUGAGGCAAUUACUGGUUAUGGUCUUGGUGGAUCUUCUAUGGCUCUUUUCGGCAGAGUCGGGGGAGGCAUCUAUACAAAAGCUGCUGAUGUUGGUGCUGAUCUUGUUGGCAAGGUUGAGAGGAACAUCCCUGAAGAUGACCCGAGAAAUCCAGCAGUGAUUGCUGACAAUGUUGGAGAUAAUGUCGGGGAUAUUGCCGGAAUGGGAUCUGAUCUUUUUGGCUCAUAUGCUGAAUCUUCCUGUGCUGCCCUUGUUGUUGCUUCAAUCUCAUCUUUUGGAAUCAACCAUGAUUUGACUGGGAUGUGCUAUCCACUGCUUAUCAGCUCUGUGGGUAUUAUUGUUUGUUUGAUCACCACUCUGUUUGCAACUGACUUCUUUGAAAUAAAGAUAGUAAAGGAGAUUGAGCCUGCACUGAAGAAGCAGCUUAUAAUCUCAACUUUUCUUAUGACUGUCGGUAUUGCAAUUCUCAGUUGGAUUGCCCUCCCAUCUACCUUCACAAUCUUCAAUUUUGGUGUUCAGAAGCAAGUAAGAAACUGGCAGCUGUUCUUCUGUGUUGCAAUUGGUCUAUGGGCUGGCCUGGUUAUUGGGUUUGUCACUGAAUACUUCACAAGCAAUGCAUACGGCCCUGUGCAAGAUGUGGCUGAUUCCUGCAGAACUGGAGCUGCCACUAAUGUUAUUUUUGGGCUUGCUUUGGGAUACAAGUCUGUCAUCAUUCCAAUUUUUGCUAUUGCUGUCAGCAUCUUUGUUAGUUUUAGCCUUGCUGCCAUGUAUGGUAUUGCAGUUGCUGCUCUUGGCAUGUUGAGCACCAUUGCUACCGGUCUAGCUAUUGAUGCCUAUGGCCCCAUCAGUGACAAUGCUGGAGGCAUUGCUGAGAUGGCUGGAAUGAGCCACAGAAUACGAGAGAGAACUGACGCACUUGAUGCUGCAGGCAAUACCACUGCUGCCAUUGGAAAGGGUUUUGCCAUCGGUUCAGCUGCCUUGGUGUCCCUUGCACUGUUUGGUGCCUUUGUGAGUCGGGCAGCAAUAUCAACUGUGGAUGUUCUGACACCUAAAGUAUUCAUUGGGUUAAUUGUUGGUGCCAUGCUUCCUUACUGGUUCUCAGCCAUGACCAUGAAGAGUGUAGGCAGUGCAGCUCUGAAGAUGGUGGAGGAAGUUCGCCGACAAUUCAAUAGCAUACCUGGUCUUUUGGAGGGAACUGUGAGACCUGACUAUGCAACUUGUGUCAAAAUCUCUACAGAUGCCUCCAUCAGGGAGAUGAUUCCACCUGGUGCUCUGGUCAUGCUCACACCUCUCAUUGUUGGAACCUUCUUCGGUGUGGAAACUUUAUCAGGGGUUCUUGCCGGUGCCCUUGUAUCCGGCGUUCAGAUUGCAAUCUCUGCAUCAAACACUGGUGGUGCAUGGGAUAAUGCUAAGAAGUAUAUUGAGGCUGGGGCUUCGGAGCAUGCUAGAACCCUUGGCCCCAAAGGAUCAGAGCCCCAUAAGGCGGCAGUGAUAGGUGACACCAUCGGCGACCCGCUCAAGGACACAUCUGGACCCUCACUUAACAUCCUUAUCAAGCUCAUGGCCGUCGAAUCUCUCGUCUUUGCACCGUUCUUUGCUGCACAUGGAGGCAUCCUCUUCAAGAUCUUCUGAGAAGAGAUGCCAGCAGGGCAAUCCUGCACUUGAGGCUAGCAGCAUCUCCGUUCACCACCGCAUGUGUCAACAUCUUAUCCUUUUUGUUUUAUUCUCUCUUCAAUUUUACCUUGUGAUGUUUAGGCCUCUUUGUCUGCAUGUUUGUUUCAAGCUGUAGUUGAUGUGAAGAAGCUCCCAGGUCCGUCCACGUGUGUGCCCUUAGGGCAGCCAAAUUUUCCUUAUGGUAGAUAGAUGAUGAUGAUGAUGAUCAUAAUGCUGAUGUUUGCGAUGGUAAUGACAAUGAUGAUUGUUGUUAGGAGAGUGACAUAAAGUUCUUUAAA